AUGCCGGUGUGCCAGAUGAGCAAGAAGAGAAGGUUCAAGAAAUGCAAGACCUCCUUCAUCUUGAUGCACUCCUUGGGAAUGCUCUCUCGCCAGAGGAUCCCUAAGCAUCGGGUCACACUCUUUGUGGCCAAUGAGACUGAGAGGACCAAGUAUCGUGCAGCCCUGGCGGGCAGCGAGUGGGAGAAGGUCCGCAUCGAAGUCUCGGUCCUGGGAAACAAAAACUCGCGGAACUUCAUCAUGAAGUUCUUCCCGCCGGGUACCUAUGUGGUAAGCAUCGAUGAUGACGUGGAGAGGAUCAGCUGGAAGAUCCAGGAGGGGAUGACCCACCACGUGCUUCGAAGUUUGCCGCCUGGGUCCUUGGAGAAGAUCAUCUUCGAUGGGUACAAACAGAUGCGCGAGCAGAAAGCUUUCCUCUGGGGAGUUUCAACCUCCCAGAAUGCCCGGCAUAUGAAAGUGAAUGGAAUCUCCAAGCGGAACGGCCUGGUGAAUGGGCCUGGGACUCAACUGCGACAGAUGCAGUUGAACGAAACCGAAGUGGCUCGCUUCGGUGAGGUGAAUGGAAACCAAACAUUCGUAUGUGGGGCCUCUGAAUUUUGA